AUGAUGUCCACACUUCUCUUUCCCAUCUUUCCAUUUGUGCUUCACCUCCUCGUUAUUGCCCUAUGGGGCACGAUAGCGAUAUGGUUGGCUUCUUCUGGCGCUGAGACUUGUCAGCGGAAUGAUGGGCGCAAUACAACAUGUGAUUGUUCUACAAGGACGCAGGAUCCCAACUGUGUGUUUCUCGGCCUCGUCAGGCAAGAGACGACUAUCUUCUGGCUGCAGGUCUAUAACCUCUUUGCAUUUUUCUGGAUGAUGUGCUUCGUUUCAGCGCUCGGGGAUAUUUCUCUUGCGGGAGCAUUCGCUAGUUAUUAUUGGGCCAAGAACAAACCAAAGGACGUUCCAUCGUUUCCUGUUUUGAGAGCGCUUGGACGGGCGCUUAGAUACAAUCUGGGUUCAUUAGCUUUUGGCUCGCUGAUAAUCGCAGUGACAAAAAUCAUAAGAGUAUUGUUGGACUACUUGGAUAAGAAGCUUUCAACAACUAACAGCACUAUAAUAAAAGUAAUCCUGAGUGCAUUGAAAUGCUGUUUUUGGUGCUUGGAAGUGUUCUUCAAAUUCCUCACUAAAAACGCUUAUAUCAUGAUGGCGAUUUAUGGCAAGAACUUCUUUACGUCAGCCAAAGAAAGUUUCUUGCUGCUUGUCAGAAAUUGUGUACGGGCAGCUGUCGUCAGUCAAGUGGCUGGAAUUCUUCUUUUCAUUGGAAAAGCGCUAAUCACACUUGGAAUGGGUGUCGUUGCAUUUUUCUAUUUCUCCGGUCAGUGGGUGGUCGACGGUAUACCACGGGUCGAAUUGUACUACUAUUUUGUACCUAUUGUUCUCGUACUAAUAGGUUUGUUUUUCGCUCAUUUUAUUUAG